GAGGAGAGCGGAUGAUGAGAAGGGAGGAGGAGGAGCAGAGAGGAGGCAGGCGCUACGGAGGACUCGGCUGCAGGACAAUGGAGCGUCUCCGCCGCGGAUCCUAACGGGCUUCAGGAGACUGGAUCAGAAGGUGAAUGUAGGUCCACUCCGGGAUGCAGCCGCCUUCUCCUGGAGGCAUCUGAUUCGCCAAACAUGAUGAAGACCGAGCCCCCGGCGGCCAGCGGGGGGAACGGGGCCUCCGCCGGAAGCGGUGACAGUUCCACUCUGAGGAGUCCGUCCCCCCACCGCAACGCCUACGAGGCGGGGCUGGCGGCGCUGAAGAAAGCCACGGACCAUCUCAACAAUGCCGCUAACGGAGGCGCCGGCCCGUCCUCCAAACCCGCUCUCCUGCCCCGCCCCAACGGGAGGGGCCGGAAGUACGGCUCCAACGUUCACCGCAUCAAGAACAUGUUCAUGCAGAUGCAGUCCCCCGGGGACGAAGAGGACGGGUCCAAAGUGAUCGGGAAGGACGAGCCCCCCAAACUGUCCCUCCCUAAAGGCCUCGGUGAGAAUGUCGACCACAGCGCCUUGCUGAACCUCGGGAGUUCGGUCUCAGAACGGGUGAACCGCUUUGACUCCAAAAGGGGCGGAGAAGGUGGAGGUUUGUCCAAACUCCAAGAGACCAGGAGGAUCUUUGAGCAGCGGACUCUGCAGGAGAAACAAGCUGCCACCAACCGCAUCUUGCUGAAGAAGGAGCGCGCGUCCGGCUUCCAGGACGGCCGUCUGGAUGUGGUGGCUCGCUUCAACGGCUCCACGGAGGCUCUGGAUCGAUUGGAGGAUCCUCCCACCUCCGCUGCGGCGCCCGUCCCCUCGGCCGCUGCAGCCGCAGCCGGACCCGGCGACGCCGUCAGCCCCACGGUGAGCCAGCUGAGUGCCGUGUUUGAAAAAAGCGAACAGCAAAACAAUGUCUACCUCCCGAAACGCCGCUCGGCCCCCGCACUGGCGCCAAAACCCAGACUUCCCGACAGAGUAGAAGGUGCAGAGAGGAAGACGAGGGCCCCCCCAAAAGGGAAAGAGUCCAAGGAGGAGACAAUCGCAGGAGAAAGGGGGUCGCUGGCAGAGGAAGCGUCAGAAUCCGACGCCUCUCACAAGAGGAAACCUCCGGAGGACGCACAGUCAGGAGACCAGCCCCCAAGCCUCUCCUCCUCCUCCUCAGUGACGGUCGGGUCCUCCUCUUCAUCAUCUGAGCCCAAACUGGCUGCUGCAGACGGGAGCGCUUCAGAGGUAGCGGCGGCGCCGUCGUCUGCAGGAGAGCAGGACAGCGCCAGCGGGGAGCCUGAAACCGGAGGCAGUUUGCUGCAGGCCGACGUCCACGCUUCUCUGGAAAACGGGGAGAAGGAGCGUCCACCCUCCUCUACCUCAUUAGAAGAGAAACAAGCAGACUCUGAGUGGAAAGAGGAAGAGGAGGACAAUGACGACGGCUCGAAAAAGGAGGAUUACUCGGAGGGAGAUCUGGUGGACGUCAGCGCGUACAGCGGGCUCGGGGAGGAAGACUCCGGGGGAAGCCAGCUGGACGAGGACGAGGAAGACGAAGAGGACGAGGAAGCAUAUCACCCAGAGAGCAGUUGCUCCGAAAUGCCGGGCCUACCCGAGGAAGAGGAGCAGCCGCCGCCCAAUAGGAAGAUCCGGUUCAGCACUGGACCAAUCAAGGUCUUCACCACCUACUCCAACGAAGACUACGACCGACGCAAUGACGACGUGGACCCCAUGGCGGCGUCGGCGGAGUACGAGCUGGAGAAGCGCGUGGAGAAGCUGGAGCUGUUCCCCGUGGAUCUGGAGAAAGACAGCGACGGCCUCGGCAUCAGCAUCAUCGGCAUGGGGGCGGGCGCCGACAUGGGCCUGGAGAAGCUGGGCAUCUUCGUGAAGACCGUCACCGAGGGCGGAGCUGCGCACCGAGACGGCAGGAUCCAGGUGAACGACCUCAUCGUGGAGGUCGACGGGACCAGCCUGGUCGGCGUCACUCAGAGCUUCGCCGCCUCAGUCCUGCGCAACACCUCAGGAACGGUCAAGUUCGUGAUCGGCCGGGAAAAGCCGGGGGAGCAGAGCGAGGUGGCGCAGCUGAUCCAGCAGACGCUGGAGCAGGAGCGAUGGCAGAGGGAGAUGAUGGAGCAGAGAUACAAGCAGUACACGGAUGAAGAUGAGGAGACGGGGGAAUACGCCACAGACGAGGACGAGGAGAUGAGUCCAAUGUUCCCGAACUCCAUCGAGGUGUUCGACCUGGCGGAGCAUCAGGACUCUCUGUCUCCGGUGGAGCUGGAUCCUGAAAAACUGGCCCACAAAUACAAGGAGCUGCAGAUCAAACACGCUGUCACCCAGGCGGAGGUGCAGCUGCUGAAGAGGAAGCUAGCUCACGCGGAGCAGGACCGGCUGCGCUGGCGGAUGGAGCGCGCCCAGCUGGAGCAGAACAUCCGGGACAGCAAGGAGAGGAUGGAGAAGCUGGAGAGCUACUGGAUGGAGGCGCAGUCGCUGUGUAAGGCCGUGGACGAGCACCUGAAGGAAACCCAGGCCCAGUACCAGACUCUGGAGAGGAAAUACAGCAAAGCCAAGAGAAUGAUCAAAGAGUACCAGCAGAAGGAGGCGGAGCAUCUGCAGAAGGAGGCGGCUCAGCGCCAGGCCCAGGAGGAGAGCCAGGCCUCGCACAAAGAGGAGACGGACAACCUGCAGGAGAAGAUAUCUGACUUGGAGACCAAAGUGGAUGCCUUGAAAACCCCCCAACCGUCCUAGAAUGCUGCCGAUUCCCGUCGAGGACGAGGAGCUGGGUCUUCAUCUCAGCCAGAGCUGUGUCCAUAUUCAGUCAUUAGCAGCAGCAGGAGGAGAGGAGGGGACAGCAGGCUGAGGACAGGGACGGUUCUGCCCCCCUCCGGUCCUCCUCAUGUGUCUUCCUGCUGGUCACUGCAGAACCCGCCGCUGACUCUGUUCUCCAUUAGCGGACGAUCCAUUUGCUCCGUCUGUCACCUUUUUCCCCCAAAAAGCGCUUUUAAUACCCAGGCUCGUCACAAAGUGCUUUACGGAGCGACAGGGUGGAGCCGAGGGGGCGUGGCCGGAGACGCUGACCCUCCUUUCUUUUCCUGGGAUGUUUGGAACAAAAGCAGAUUCUGUGAUUCUGUGAAGUGCUAGCCGGCUCAAUAGAGGUGUUGUUUGGGUCGGAACCUCCUGAAAAAUGUGGAAAAAAACAAACUUUUGAUCUGGAACUGGAGGUGCAGAGAACUCUCAGACGUUCUUUCAGGUGUGAAACCUGUUGUAAAUACCCUCACAUGUAUUCCAGGUGGUUCGAUCCCAGCGGGGCUCUCAACCUCCUUUGGAGAGACGCUUCGGCCCUUGUUCCCCUCCCCCUUUAGAGCGAGUCUUGUGGGGAUGGGGUCACACCAGCACCAGGUUCAGCUGGCGGUGGCGGGACACUCAAAAGCAUCAAAUUCCUGCAGUCAAACUCCCCAAAACUCAGAAAUUACUUUGUUUGGAGCUAAUCUGUGGGUUAAUCCCACAAACAGGCGGUUGAUCUUUGCCUCCUCGUCUCAAACGGUUGACGUAUGCAUGAGCAUGUCCCAAAGGGUGCAGACACUCUGAGUUUUAAAAAGUUUCACAAAUUCUACGCUGAGGAUAAUUCUAAAACCUGCUCUGCAGUGGCAGCUCAGACUUCAUUUCAUCUGCAGCGAAGGUUCAUGCCACUAAUCUGGAGAUACAAACCCGGAUUAGGACCACGAAAAAAAAAGAGUCCAAAAAUGUAUCUAAAUGAUUAGAACUUUAUAUGCAACUAAAAAUGCAAUUUGUCGACUACUACUGACCAACGGAAUUCCACCAAAUGUACAGACAGUUUACGUUUAUCGCCUAAUUUAAAACAAAUGUCGUUUUAGAUUAGAAAUUUGCUCAAAGCAGUAUUAAUCUGCGUGUUAAUCCAAAAAGGGAGUUUUUUUCUCCAUUUACCUAAAGAUCAAAUCAUCUAAAAAUUUGCAGUUCUUCUCAUCAAACAUGGCCCUGCCCUUUGUGAGCCAUCUGGACCCCCCCCCCCCCCCCCCCCCCCCCGUACCGAUUAGUUUUCAAAAGAUUAGGCAAAAGCACGAUGUGAAAGUUGGAGUUUAUUUUUGACGAGCACAUGGUCACGCUUCCAACAGAGAUCUUAGUGGGCGGUCCCUCCAUUAGUGCAAAAGCACCAAAGAGCUGCUCCCUGAGCUGAAGACACCUCCUCACUCCUGUUAGGAGGAAACUACAAGGUCCUCCACACCUGCCUGUACCGUCCCUAUUGUGGGAAUCUCAAGAAAGGAGUCCACCUCAGGAGAUGCUGUCAGUUGGUUCCUCUAAGGCUCCUCCGGCAGGGGCCACAUUCCAGAAGCCCCCAAACCUGUACAAGCACAUGAAGCUUCAAAAAGCUCACGCAGCUUCAUGAGCUUUUGAAGCUUACGCAGCUUCAUGGGCUUUUGAAGCUUAUGCAGCUUCAUGAAGCUUUUGAAGCUUAUGCAGCUUCAUGGAGCUUUGGACGCUCACGCAGCUUUAUGAAGCUUUUGAAGCUUACGCAGCUUGUGAAGCUUCAGAAGCUCACGCAGCUUAAUGAAGCUUUUGAAGCUUAUGCAGCUUCAUGAAGCUUUGGACGCUCACGCAGCUUCAUGAGCUUUAGAAGCUUACGCAGCUUCACGAAGCUUUGGACGCUCACCCAGCUUCAUGAAGCUUGUGGUGCUUCAGAAGCUCACGCAGCUUCAUGAGCUUAAGAAGCUUACGCAGCUUAUGAAGCUUUUGAAGCUCACGCAGCUUCAUGAGCUUUAGAAGCUUAUGAAGCUCAAGCAUCUUAUGAAGCUUCUGAAGUUUACGCAGCUUCAUGAGCUUUAGAAGCUUAUGCAGCUUCAUGAGCAUUAAAAGCUUGCGCAGCUUAUGAAGCUUCUGAAGCUCACGCAGCUUCUAAAGUUCAUGAAGCUUCAGAAGCUCACGCAGCUUAUGACGGUUCUUGUUUAUCCAGGUCUUGAAGUUAAGUUUCAAGUCCACAUGAACCCCAGAUGCCAACUUCAAGUUGGCUCCUUUCUAUAAAACUCUUGAUAAUAAAAAAAACUUGUAAAGUCUUCAAUUUUAGAGAAGGUCUCGUGAUGUCUGUAGAUCUGAAAAAUACGUUUAGCUUAACCAAAA